AUGAAUGCACGAGGAGUUUAUCAUGGUCUUGUUGAAGCACAAAAUUUACAUUUGAAUGAAAAUGAUGGAAAGAAAGGUGAAAACGAUGAAGACGAUGACAUGCCAGCAGUUUAUGUUUAUGAUCGAACAAAAUCAUCAAGUGAACAUGUUCGACGUGGAACCAAUACAUCAACUGAAAAAUACGAAAUGACUGAUAAAACCAAUGAAGCAGAAGCAGUUACCGAAUAUACCGGACCUUCACCAUUUUUUAAAAUGCUUGCAAUGAAUCGACCCGAAUUAACCAUUAUUCUAUUUGCUUGUCUUUCAUGUAUUUGUAAUGGAGGUAUUCAACCAGCAUUUGGUGUUGUAUUAAGUAAAGUUAUUGCAGUUUUUCAAAUAUGUGAUCAUGGCGUUCAAGAACGUCGAAUAUUAAUGUAUAUUUUAAUCUUUAUUGGUUUUGGUAUUCUAAUGUUUUUUACUAUGUUUUUACAAAGUUUUCUUUUUUCAAUAUCGGGUGAAACAUUAACACAACGUCUUCGUUCAAGAAUCUUUCAAACUUUAUUACAACAAGAUGUUGCUUAUUUUGAUCAACCAGAAAAUAAUACAGGUGCUUUAUGUACACGUCUUGCAACUGAAGCUUCAGAUGUUCAAGGAGCGACUGGUAUUCGAAUUGGUACUAUGUUACAAAACGUAUCAAAUCUUGGUGUUGGAAUGAUUUUAGCAUUUAUUUAUGGUUGGUCAUUAACAUUACUUAUGUUAGCUUUUGUACCAUUUAUGAUUGUUGCUGGAUUUUUACAAACAUAUCUAAUGACUGGAUUUGCAAAUAAAGAUAAAAAAGCGUUGGAAGAUGCUGGAAAGAUUGCUGUUGAAACUAUAUCAAAUAUACGAACAGUUGCACAAUUAACAAAAGAAAAACAUUUUGGUGAUGAAUAUUGUAAAUUACUUGAGUUUCCUUAUAGAAAUAGUUUAAAACGAGCACAUGUAUUUGGCUUUUUAUUCAGUCUUACUGAUUCAAUUAUGUUUUUCGCACAAGCAGCUUUAUUCUCUUUUGGAGCUUGGAGAGUUGAACAAGGAGCAAUGACUUUUGAAAAUAUUAUGCUUGUACUUAAUUGUAUCCUUUUCGGUGCAAUGGCUGUCGGUCAAACUGCAUCAAUGUCACCGGAUUAUUCAAAAGCAAUCGCAUCAUCAAAAAAAAUUUUGUUGUUAUUUGACCGUGUACCAACAAUUGACAACUCUUCGAGUGUUGGCAAAAAAUUGGAAAAUUUUGAUGGUGAAAUUGUUUUAAAUAAUUUAGAAUUUCAUUAUCCAAAUCGACGAGAAGUACAAGUUUUGAAAAACUUUAAUUUAACAAUUGAGCCUCAUAAACAAAUUGCUCUCGUCGGUUCAUCUGGUUGUGGAAAAAGUACAAUUAUUCAAUUACUUGAACAUUUUUAUAAUCUGACAGGUGGACAAAUAUUAAUUAAUCAAAAUGAAUUAUCAACUUUAAAUCUUCAAUGGUGGAGAAGUCAAAUUGGUUUUGUUAGUCAAGAACCAAUUUUAUUUGAUGCAACGAUUAGAGAAAAUAUUGCAUAUGUUUCUUUUUGGUCUAUUGCAUGUGAACGUCAAACACGUCGCCUUCGUGAAACACUUUUGCGAUCAAUACUUAGUAAAGAAAUAGCUUAUUUUGAUACACAUAAAACAGGUCAACUUAGUACAAGACUGACAGAAGAUGUUAAUAAAGUACAUGAUGGUACAGGUGAUAAACUUGGAUCAGCAUUACAAUUUAUUGCUUCGUUUAUUGCUGGUCUUAUACUCGGAUUUAUUAAAGGAUGGAAAUUAACAUUAGUGAUACUUUCUGUCAGUCCAAUGAUUGUUGUUAGUGCAGCUAUUGUUACACGAAUAACAGCAACAAUGACAUCACAAGAAUUGAAAUCAUAUGCAAAAGCUGGAGCUAUUGCUGAAGAAGUUUUAAGUAGUAUACGAACUGUUUUUUCAUACAAUGGUGCGGCUUACGAAUCAAAAAGAUCAGCAAAAAUAAGUGGUAUUCGUAAAGGAGGAUUCAAUGGAAUUUUAAUAGGUGUUGUUUGGCUUUUGAUGUUUUGUACUUAUGCUUUGGGAUUUUGGUAUGGAGCUAAACUUGUUCGUGAAGAGAAUUUUUCAAUUGGUGGAAUUCUGAUUGUAUUUUUCUCACUUAUUACAGCUAUGUUUGGUCUUGGUCAAGCAGCUCCUCAUCUUCAAUCAGUAGCACAAGCUCAAGGUGCAGCUUUCACAUUAUGGCAAAUAAUUGAUACACUAUCAACAAUUACUAUAAAUAAUUCUGAUGGUGUUAAAAAAGAAGAUUUAAUUGGUGAUAUAAAAUUUACUAAUGUUAAUUUUGUCUAUCCAUCUCGAUCGGAUGUUUCUGUUCUUAAUCGACUUUCAUUUGCAGCUCAACGUGGUCAAACAACAGCACUUGUUGGUUCUUCUGGUUGUGGAAAAGUAAAUAUCUCAAUUCUAUCAAGAAAUUCUUAA